AUGUCAUCCAUUCUUGCAACACGUUCAGAAUUCGAUACUUGUCUGCAACGGUUUUUAAAAGAAUCCAAUGCUUGCCCGACUGAAAUAUUUAAAUGGCAAAUUGAAACGUCUCCAUCGAUAAUCAAGCUAAAAUUCUUAAAAAGGGAGAUCAACACUAUAGUCUCGCAAGCGGACGAAGAAUCGUACGGCGACGAACUGAUGACAUCUAUCGACAUGCAUAAUAUGGAUGAUGAAGAUGCUGCUUCCUUAUUUAAUAACCAAGUAGAGAGUAAUCCAGUUUCCAUCCAUCUAGAACAGCAUAUCGUCUAUUCAGCGAGCUACCAAGUUCCUGUGCUUUAUUUCAAAGCAGUCUUUGGGUCAAACGGGGCUCCACUUUCUUUAAACGACAUACAUCAAUAUAUCGUGCCAAAAUCAAGGAAUCCGCUACACACGACAACUCCUGUAGUCGUAUCGCAGAACGAACAUCCAGUAUUAGGGACGCCGUUUUGGUAUAUACAUCCUUGCGAUACGAGCACUCUUAUGAGAACACUGACUUUCCAGCCUGAGGACUACAUCAAAACAUGGUUGUCAGUAUAUGGGCCACUUGUAAAAUGUCCAAUUUCAAUGGAUAUGUUUAAAGACCGAGCUGAUGCAAAAGGAAAAAAGAGCUUUGCAAAUCAAUUGAAAAAGAAAUAA